AGUUGUGCGGAUCCAACAUGGCGACCGACCAAUUAGGAAGAGGGAACAAGUUCGCGUCUCUCUAUAUUUUAGGGCUCUAGUUGAGACCGAAUAGAAGUAAAAAGAAAUGAGGAGAGUGUCGAAUGUCGCGGUAAUGAGAAGCGUACCGAAUGUCGCGGUAUCAAGUUCCUCUUAUCGCAAACUCAUGAGUUUUCGAGCUUCUCUCCAAUCGAGUUGAUAAUAUCCGACCGGAAGUACCCAAGUCUCGCAAGUUAGCGCUAAAUACUGAUCAGACAAUUUCUCUUAUGACAACGAAAAUGGCUUUUAAUCCCAUGAAAUGGAAAGCAAGGACCGUCAUGUACGGUAUUCUUGGCGUUUUAUCUUUUUACGCGUUGUUCAUUCACAAAGUAACAUAUCAAGUGAUAUUCGAGGCCACGAUAAAUAAUUCGAAUCCCAAGCACGUUUGGGAAUUUGUGGCUGAUUUCAGCAACAUGAAGAAAUUGAAUCCAACAAUAGAAGACUUUAAUAUAAUUGCGGAAAGCGGGAAUUACGAUCAUUGGAAAUACACUGUGCAAUACACCGAACAUUUAAGUCAUUUGCCGAUGAUCCGUAACGUAGCACACGGACAUUACGCUGUAAGACCAGAUAAUAAUGGCUACGUCAUCAGUUCCAAGCAUCGAACGUGUUUCUUCUUCGACUUCAAUUGUUUGGAAUCUGUUUCGCAAUUCAGAUUCGAUGAGGACGGCACUGUCGAUACAAAAUGUAUCGAGACUGUGCAGUAUGAAUGUCCAAUUGCGUUCUCACCUUUGUGCCAUAGGGAAGUCAUGUAUCAACGGAGAGAGAUCAUGAAGAGGCUCAAGUUGAAAUUUACUGAAAGCCAUAACAAGGAGGAUUGAAAUCAUCAUAGAUGUACUUAAUUAUAUUGUCAACUACAUAUUCUUACAGAUUUUUUUCUAAUAAAGCAAUUAUAUAUUUGUAUCAUGCAAUGUUAAA